CCGGGGCAUUCGGGAGUUUCACAUGUAGGUCGGUUCAGCUGCCAUAGAAAGUCCUGGUACAGAAGCUCCUGGUGCUGCUCUGGUGUUUACAUCCACAUUCGCAGAGAUUAUGGCACUGAUGGGGAUUCAGCUGGUGGUCAGCCUGCUGGCAGCCAGCAUCAUGCAGAGGAUGGCCCCACACUGCUCAUUUGCACGGUGGCUCGUCUGCAACGGCAGCUUGUUCCGAUUCAAACACCCGUCAGAGGGAGAGUUGUUCGCGUUGGCAGGAAAGCAGAUGCCCAAACAGAACAGAAGAGACAGGAGACAGAAUGGAGAGAACAAGCCUCUCACGGUGCCCAAAGACAUUGACCUCCACCUGGAGAAAGCGCCGGUCAACGUGAUGGACGCUCUCGUGCUGCGCUUUUUCCUGGAGUACCAGUGGCUUGUGGAUUUUGCCGUCUAUGCCAUGGGCGUCUUCCUGUUUACUGAGUGUUAUUAUAGUUUGGUAGACGCCAGUAAAGAGGUCAACAUCGGCGCCAUCUGGUGUGUCCUAACGGUUGUGUUUGGACUAAAGGCCCUUCACACUCUGAUGAGUCACUACUUUCGCUCGGAAGAGGGCGGCGAGCGCUCCGUGUGCCUCGCCUUCGGCUUCCUGUCUCUGCUGGUGGCGAUGCUGGUUCUGGUGGUCCGAGAGGACUACCUGGAGUUCGGCCUGGAGCCCGGCUUCUCCAGCCUGUUCGACAACUUGGAGACGUUCGCCAAGCAUCAGGGUUACGCCGACUGGUCGAUCCCGGUGACGAAGCUGACUGUGAAGCUGGGCCUGGCUGCUGUCUGCGCUUACAUCGGGUCCCUCCUGGCCUUCCCUGGACUCAGGCUGGCUCAGACUCAUCUAGAUGCUGUACAGAUGAACUCUGACCGACCUCUCAUUCAGAUUCUGCUGCACAUGAGUUUCUUAUCUCCCGUCAUUGUGUUGGUUUUGUGGGUAAAACCCAUCGCCAGAGACUUUUUGGCCAAUGCGCCCAUGGGAAAGACUUCUGUCACCCUGGUGAGCAGUGCAGCGUUCGACAGCAUGCGUCUGUGGACCAUCGUGGGCCUGUGCGCGCUGCGUCUGGCGCUGACCCGGUACCACCUGCAGGCCUACCUCAACCUGGCUCAGAAGUGGGUGGAGCAGAUGAAGAAAGAGGCAGGACGAAUCGCUGCCAUCGAUAUCCAGCGGAAGGUCACACGUGUGUUUUGCUACCUAACGGUGGUUACACUUCAGUAUUUGGUUCCUGUUCUGCUCAUCCUCUUCUCCACGUUGGCGCUCAAGGUGCUGGGGAACUUCUCCUGGGGUUUCGAUGUCGAGGAGUCACCGGGUGUGACGCCAGCGCUGGUGCUCCCCACAGCUGCACCCGUGCCGUCUGGCGGCCUCGACGAGGACGAGGACGGGAUGGAAGACAUGGAGGACGACAUCCAGGCCACGGUGGCACACCUGUCAGAGACGUUCGCCGCGCUGCGCUCCGUCCUCACUCCUCUUUUCCUCCGCGGUCUCUUCGCCUUCCUCACUUGGUGGGUCGCCGCCUGCCAAGUGAUCAGCUCUCUGUUUGGCAUCUACUUCCACCAGUACCUGAUGCAGAACUGAGGAAACCUGAGCGCCGGAUGCACGCAGAUCACUUCUGACUCGUUGUACGGAGAUGCUGCUGGAAGGGUGAUGGACACAUGGACACAAAAGUGGACGACCACAGACUGACGCUGAGACCGAGUUUGGUUGGAAGAGGUCAACCAGCAGGCCUCUGGCAUCAGUGACACAAAUAUAGAGAAAGAACCUUGACUUGUUUCCCAAAGCAAGUUCAGCUUGUAUCAAUUUGUACGACUUCACUUGGUCAUAUCAUGGAAGCAGCAUUUUUAGCAAGGGAGGAAUAACUGAGAAUAGAUCUGUGUUUCUAUUUUAGGGUCAGAUCUAACUUUACUGUAUAACUUUAAAAGUAUUCAAACCUCUUUUCUUUUAUUCUCACUCUAGAACAUGGGUGUCAAACUCCAGUCCUCAAGGGCCGUUGUCCAUUUCCAAAAACAUACUCGUCCCCUUAGUGAAAGGGCAGCUUAACUUUUAUAAAUAUAAAUAAUCCUGAGAAUGAAGGAUUCACAGUUAAUUUUUAACAUUUUAAAGCGAAACUGCAAACUCUUCCAGAGAGAAAAGAACUUUCUUGAGUAGAGAAAAAGCCAACUUGAGGCACAUGAUGAUUAACUUCAAAUGCCAAUAAUGGUAUGAGAAAGAACAAACAAACAAAGACACACAGACUGUGUGUCAUCCUACUGUGGAAAUGCUUUGCAGAUUUUAUAUGAAAACAUUCUGUUGCCUUUAUAUUUAAAAUCAUUUCUUUCUUCUCAUCAUGUUUGAUCCAAGUUUCUGAGGAGCCACACUCAUAUCAGUCGUGGUUAUAUGUAAAAACGAAGGCGUAUUGUUUGAGCCACUCAUCUGUGCAUCAAGAGGUAUUUUAUAUUUUAUUCUCUAGAUUUGAUUGUAACUCACAAUGCAUCACUUUGUCUGUGCUGCCAGUUCCAGCUUUUCCCGACUCUGACGUUGGACUCUGUCUUGAUAACAAUUCCUUUGGUUCGCCUUGACUCCGGCUUUUUUGAGUUUAGCAGAAACUUGCCUUGGAAACACAUUUUUUUUUCUCCAGGAAAGUUCAUGAAUAUAACUCAAUUGAAAGUCGCAGUAUUUACCUGCAUAAGCAAGACACAGCAUUAGUUAAUCUUAAAGCAUUGUGUGUAUUUUAAAAACAUUUAUUAUUAUUUUGUUGUUACUCGCGAUGCUCUGUGUACCCAGGAAGCAUAGCCUUCCUUUUAGUACCGUGCCAGUUUUCAGUCCCUUUUCCUGCUCUAAAUUGCCUCAAAACAUAUUUUCCUUAUUUAAAAACAGGAAAUUAUGGAGCAUGUGCUCAUGGUGAUCUGCAGCUAUUAAGUGUCUGCCAACACCACAGAGAUUCACUUUCCAUUCAUUUUGUUGCGCAGACCUCCAAUCCUCAGCUUCAGUCUAAAAGCAUCGUCUGCAGCUUUUGCCAUGCAUCUGUAUCAGUGUAACGUGAACAGUCUGCUGUUUAAUGCUGCAUUUAUAUAAUAUGUAAAGGUGCCAGUGCAGGUUUUUUUGUGCCUCCUCCCAGAGCUGGAAGAGGAUAUAUUUUGUGUGAGGGGACUCCGUUUCCCUUUAAAGAACCGAUUUAAGAGUGCUAAACAAUUUCUUCUUCUUUUGUUUUUCUAGCAAUGUUUGCUUUUAUGUUGUUUUGUUUUUCUUUUUAAUGCAGAGGAGUUCAGACAGAAUUCAUCAAGAAUAAACAAAGCUGUAGUUGAAAGUGUCUGAAAGCCAAACACUGAAGAGUUAUUUCGUUGUGACCCAAGUGCCUGGGACUGUCAGGGAUGGUUAGUUUUUCUAAAACUCCCUCUCUCCUUGUUUGUUUUGUAUUUAUUAAAAUCAGCUUAGUAACAUUUUUGUUUAUAUAUAUAUAUAUUCACAAAAGCAGAUAUGGUAUUUUCCCACGCUAGACAGCUAAAACAUUACAUUUCAUUUCUUGUGCGUCACCUCAUGUUGUAAGUAAUGUAGGAAUUUAGCAGAUUCUGAUGUUUUGAUCUUUAAUUUUCUUGUUUUUUUUUGUUUUUUUUUAGAAAAUCAUUAUGCUGUGAAGUUUUUACAAAGAUGAUUUCAGUUUUUGAAUGCAUGGUUUGCUGUGUCUUAAGAUUUUUUUUGUGUGUGUGCGCGCAGCCUAAUUAAAGACAACUUUCUGAUUUUCUGCGUUUUA